GCAGUGGGUGUAUUACACAUUAUCUACAUGCUGUGGCGGUUUCCUCUUAUGCAAGUUAUUCCUCUUAAAAAAUAUACUUCUUAAAACUACUAAUUCGAAAGCGCGACAUUCAAAUUGGUCUAAGAUACACGCGCGUAAGAACAAACACGUUUGAAGCCGCCAAUAACCGGAAAUGCGCGACUCAAAUUUGGCUUGGAAUGAACGGUAAAUAGGAGUAAACCGGCCGCAUCAGUAUAAACAACAACAGAAACGUCACGUCUCGUGGACGCGCUCCGACCACGCGACAGAGAUUGACAAGAUGGCGAACAUUUUAGAAACAGUGGAGUAACAGCCGUGAAGGAGAUCCUCGGAACCACGACCAUGUCCUGGGACGUCGCCGUUUCUCUGCUCACCGCGCUAAUAUGAAGCUGGCUUGAAACCGACCCGCGCGCUCUCCGCCUCGCACACAAGACCCGCGGUCAGCGGCCGACCGACGCAGGCCGCCCGGCCGCCCGGCGGUCCCGUGUGAUGGACAGGUGUAAGCAUGUGGGGCGGCUGCGCCUGGCCCCGGACCACUCCAUCCUCAACCCCCAGAAGUGGCAUUGCGUGGACUGCAACACCACCGAGUCCGUCUGGGCCUGCCUGGGCUGCGCGCACGUGGCAUGCGGCCGCUACAUCGAGGAGCACGCGCUUCAGCACUUCCAGCAGCAGCGCCACCCGCUGGCGAUGGAGGUCAACGAGCUCUACGUUUUCUGCUACCUGUGCGACGACUACGUUUUGAACGACAACGCUACCGGAGACCUCAAGCUACUCCGCAGCACGCUCAGCGCAAUCCAGAGCCAGCGCUACGAGGUCACCACCCGCAGCGGGCGCACCCUCCGCUCGGCGAGCGCCGCGCCCGACGCCCUCAUGCCGUGCGGCGCCAGCGAGCUGCAGCUGAGGGACGAGGACCGCAUGUUCACCGCCCUCUGGCACCGCCGCAGGGCCCUCAUCGGACGCAUCUUCCGCCUUUGGUUCGGCCUGACCGAGUGCGGGAAGAGGAGGGAGGAAGAAGAGAGGAGGCGGGAGCAGGAGGAGGAACAGAAACGGGAGGCCAGGGAGAGGAGGCGCGCCUUGAAGCGGCAGCUGCAGGAGGAACUGGAGAAGGCGCCUCUCAGGAAGAGCCGGCGCCUGCGGAGGAAAAGCCAGCGAGUCGUGGACGCGGCGACCGCUCCGGCUGUCCAGAAGGACCGCAAAAAGACGAAAACUCAAGUGGCCUUGUCUCAAACGCGCAGGCCGCGGACUCGAAGCCCGGCCGCCGGCGCUCCUAAGAAGGCCAGACGGACAAAAAAGCCCCAGCCCAGUCCCAGAUCCCAGAGGCGAUCCUCCAGCACCAAAUCUAAACCCAAAACUCCAGCGACCGCCGCUCGCUCCGCCCCGGCCCGCCGCAAGCACAGCGCCAAGCAGGACGGCUCGCCCUUCAAGCGGCGGCCCACGGUCACUCCGGGCGUGACGGGCCUGAGGAACUUAGGCAACACCUGCUACAUGAACUCCAUCCUGCAGGUGCUGAGCCACCUGCACGUCUUCAGGGAGUGCUUCCUGCGUCUGGACCUGACCCAGGCGCUGGAGCUGCUGGCCUCCGCCGUCCACGGCCAGCUGACGGUGAAGACCACGUCUCAGUUCCCCCUGUCCCAGAGGAAGGGCCCGCAGUCGAGCUCGGGCUCCAGCACGGGGCUGAGCGGCGGGGCGUCGCGGGGCCGCAGCAUGGAGCUGAUCCAGCCCAAAGAGCCCAGCUCCAAGCACAUCUCCCUCUGCCACGAGCUGCACACCUUGUUCCAGGUCAUGUGGUCCGGCAAGUGGGCGCUGGUCUCGCCGUUCGCCAUGCUGCACUCGGUGUGGCAGCUCAUCCCGGCGUUCAGGGGCUACGCUCAGCAGGACGCCCAGGAGUUCCUGUGCGAGCUGCUGGACAAGGUGCAGCAGGAGCUGGAGAGCACCGGCACGCACACCACCGCCGCCGGCGUGCCGCAGAAACGGCUCAUCAAGCAGGUCCUGAGCGUGGUCAACACCAUCUUCCACGGCCAGCUCCUCAGCCAGGUGACGUGUUUGGCCUGCAGCCAUCGCUCCAACACGGUGGAGCCGUUCUGGGACCUGUCCCUGGAGUUCCCCGAGCGUUACCACAGCAACAGCAGAGAGUCGGCCGCCCAGGUCUCCUGCCACUUGACGGAGAUGCUGGCCAAGUUCACAGAGACGGAAGCCCUGGAGGGGAACAUCUACGCCUGCGACCAGUGCAACGCAGCAGCCAGACGACGGACGUUCUCCAAAGCCGUCAUCCUGACCGAAGCGCAGAAGCAGCUGAUGGUCUACAAACUGCCUCAGGUCCUCAGGCUCCACCUCAAACGCUUCAGGUGGUCCGGGCGGAACCACCGGGAGAAGAUCGGAGUCCACGUCAGCUUCGACCAGCUCCUGAACAUGGAGCCCUACUGCUGCAGGGAAUCCUCGCCUAAAGGCGUGGCCUGCUCCAACGCCAGCAGCCCCAGCCCCGCGGGGUCGCCGUGCCCAAAGCACUUCCUGUACGAGCUCUCUGCUGUGGUGAUGCAUCAUGGGAAGGGCUUUGGGUCGGGCCACUACACUGCCUACUGCUACAACACAGAGGGAGGCUUCUGGGUUCACUGUAACGACUCUAAACUGAAUGUGUGCUCAGCGGACGAGGUCUGCCGGGCUCAGGCCUACAUCCUAUUCUACACACAGCGAGUAACUCAGGACAAAGACCGGCCACUAUAGAACCAGGACCCCCAAACCUUCACCUCAGCGAGACGAUCUCAGCAAAACACCAUCCGUAGCUCCUCUUCUCCAGUAUUUCUUCUAAAACCUGGCAUCAUGGGACUUUUUGGUCUAUUUUUCUAUGUUAGGGAAAAAGAAAAGAGGAAAGACUCUUUCUUUUUGAAAAAAAUCUGGUUCUGCUUUGUGAACUUGUUGUAUAUGGUGUUUAUACGUGUAGGUAUUUGAAAAGAAAAUGUUGUGAUUUUUUUUUUUUUUUUUUUAAAUGUACAUUUGUAUUUUAUAAAGAAGAGAGUAUCAGCCAAGGUUUGUCUCCGUAGCGGCCGGCCGGCAGGGAGCGCUUCGUCUGCCAGCUCCGUUGAUCGUAAAAUGUUUCUCAGUCACUUUAGAUCGUUGAACUGGAUGUAGGUUAACAAGUCACUCGCUCAAGAUGAGACCCGGGGUCCCGUUUGGGUCCUUUUUCCUGCCAGAAAUGCACUAGUUUCUACAGUUUUUGGACAAAUAACGGUUGUUUUAAAGGAAGAAAAUGAAAAAAAAUAAACAUCCAGGACAGGAAAUUUGGGUUUUGCUCUGAAGUGGUCCUGGCUCUGAAGCAGAAUCCCAGCCAAAGUCUAGGAGGAAAAAAAAUUUAAGUACAUUCUUAGAACCGUUUGAGAUGAAGAAAACUUUCCGAAAGGGAAAACCUUCAGCAUGGUGCUGCCACCUUUCUGCUCCAGAAUGUAUCUGCUUUAAGAGUCUGAACUACCCCCAGCCAGACAUUAAUAGAAAAAGUGUCCUUUUGUCGUCAAAUCCUAGGUUAUUUUUAUAGGUCUUAUAAAAUUCAGCAAAAGUGGAAUCUGCGGCAGAGCGUUCCACAGAAACCAGCAUUUAGGCUAUGAAUGUAUUUUUAUACGAUCUCCAGAAGCGACCGUCAACUGUUAAAUUUUCACACGAGCCCCUCCUUCAACACCAGCAGCUGUUUAAGGUUUCACUGUUUGAAUUUGGCUCCCCUAUUUUUUUUUUUUUUUUGUUGUUCAUUAGAGAAUCACAGCACACUUCACGUUUUAUGUUUAAAAAAGGUUUCACCGUCUGAUCUUUGUUGUUUUCUUCGGUUACUACUCCGUGGUGCGUUUUUUUUUGUUUUUAAGAAUGUUUGUAAAUUUUAUGGAAGCUAUGCAAAUUGUUACCUCAAUUUUUAUUUCUAGAAAAAAUUACCUCAAUAAAUGAGAUUAUUUUUUUCAUUUUUCUA